GACUGAGCACAUAUAUCUUGAAGCUUUAUCCUUUAUUUUUUUUAAUUAUCAUUGAAUGUCUUGUACAAGGUUUGGAAGAUCAUUCGUUUAGUAAGUGUGGAGCCUAUUUAAUUUAUAUCGAGCAUUUCUUCAAUCGAAUCCAUAUAUCUAGAAAGUUAUUUGACGCGACAAUGGAUCGUUAGCAUUUAUCCGAUUUAAAGAUCUCGUGUGUUUGACGGAAAAUAGGUUACUUUGCUACAAAAGUGAACAUGUAAUAAAUAUUGUUUAUCAUAUAACAAUUAAUAUAACCGUAAAAAACUGAUGACGAGUGAGGUUUAUUUCCUUCUGUGAAUUGACUGUUUCUGAAUAUUUCGCGAGGAUUUUUAUCAACGUUUUGGAAGUUUUUCUUCCAUUUUCAAGAUUAGAAUUGUUUUUACAAGUGUGCUGUCUUUUAUUUAUUUUCGCGACAAUUUGGGGAUAUUUUGUUCGUAGUAUUUUAAGUUAUUUUGGGGAUUAGAACCAAAAAACAAGGCGUAGACCAUGUCGAUGCUAUAGAGGGAUGACUAUUGGUUCAAUUUUGAAAAACGUUCCAUUUUUAAUUUUUUAAAAAAAAAUUUGGCCAGGAAAUUUAACCCAUGCGAAAAAUUAAGCCACUUAAGGUACUUAUUGAACAGUGCUUUCUUUACCUUAGUUACAAACCUGACAUUGAUUUUUUUAGACCAUAAUCAAUCUUACAUAAUAUGCGGUGGUCACUUGAGAAAAUAAGCAAAGGUGUAGUGUCUGGGGUAUUGCCUGAAAAAUUGGAAAACUGCGAUGUUGUUGUGCAGCAUGUAGUACAUAAAAUGGGUUUUCGUAUAAGAAAAAAAAUAACAUCAGAACUUGGGAGUGUUGACGCUGUUGUGGAGAGCAGAAGCAACAAUAGAUCUCGAUACAUUAUGAUGUGUCCUGUCAGUGGUUGUGACUAUCAAGGGCAACACGUUGAUAGCCAUCUGGUGUCGUUACAUCAAUGGACAAGAUACCAUGGACGAUUUUUCAAAUCUCGUCAAAUUCGGAUGUUCAAUUUCAUAAUGAAACUUUCCCAUCACGGUCAGCAUAAGCCAUUACCAUGUUCUUUAUGCGGACGUUAUCUCGACCGUUCGGACACCCAUUUAAAAAAGACACAUGGAAUAGCUACCAAAAAGGUUCCUGUAAGCAUGCAGAAGGCACGGAAACUCGCGUUGAAACACGCAAAAUCAAAGUCAAAACAAUUUGAUCCUACGUAGCGACAAUAAUUUCGAGUUCAAAUGAAGUAACAAGACGUUUUUUUCAAGAUUAAAGUGAAUUGGGUAGAAAAAGAGUUGAAGCGCCCGUUAACUUGUUGUUUUUCCUUUUCCUGCACAUUAUAAUUGCUACACGUUUUUUGUUUUUGUUUUAUAAGCAUCACCUUUAGGUUCAGAACAUUGAACAAAUAAACAAUUUUUAAGCAUAACAUCGAGGCUCAACUUUUGAGAUAAACUCUAUCAAUGAAAACUCACAAUGCUCAGGUUCCUGCAGAUUUGACAAAAUAUACCAAUGUAAGUAUUAUUUGAGCCUCGUAUUCGAUUUCAUAAAUAUGUUGAUAAUAACAUGUCAAUGGUAUUCGUGUCAACUUAUCACUUUACAUCUCAAAUAAAGUUUACUAUGAAGAGCAUAGAUGUUGUAUUAUGUAUUCGAACCUAACUAAAGAAAAUAGGGACACGACAAACGUUUUGCUUGGUGGUAUGUAGCCAUCUGACACAAUCAACUCGAUAUCGUACGAAGAUUUUCAGCAGCCUAGUUUGAUGAGUGCAACUUCCGAAAUUCUGAAGGGCACGAGCCAAUUGAUUCUUAUUAAUUUCGACCCGUGUAUAGAAUCGAUAAAUUGAAUCGUAAACUAUUAUACCUAUUAGCGCAUAGUAAGUGUGAUCCCCGUCGAUAAACAGUUCCACGCGAUGGUAAAAACAUAGUUGCGUGCAUCUCUGCUAGGUACAACAUGUUGUGUGGUGGUAUAUAGCCAACCGAGACACUUAGUUUGAUGAGUGCACCUUCCAAAAUUCUAAAGGGCACUAAGCCAAUUGAUUCUUAUUAAUUUCGACCCGUGUAUAGAAUUGAUAAAUUGAAUCGUAAACUAUUGUACUUAUCAGCCCAUAGUAAGUGUGAUCCCCGUCGAUAAACAGUUCCACGCAAUGGUAAAAAUAUAGUUGCCUGCAUUUCUGCUAGGUACAACAUGUUGUGUGGUGGUAUUUAGCCAACCGAGACACUAUAGUAUGAACCAGUACUUCUGUACUUUAGCAAGUGAACACUAAGACCAUUAAUAGCAAAUUUAUAAAUAACUUACAUAUCAAUAAUAACGAAUACUCAUUAAAAAUACGACACACUGAUAAUUAAAAUAAAGUUAAAAAUUAUCACUAACUUCAAGAAUGAUUGUUCUACUUGUUUUCAUAUUAAAUAUUUAUUUUGUUUAUUUCGGGCUUGCAAGCGUUACGACAAAUUUCAACUACUAGCAAUUUUCACAGAAUUUUUAAGGUGAUUCUUUCCUAUGGCCUAAGCUCAAUAUUAUUGCUUAAGAUUUCUUCGACUAGAGUUCCAAUUUAUGCUUAAAUGGCAUGCUUUAUUUAAAAACUGACGUAGAAAUUAGUGUACAUCUCUACGCAUGAAUAAGUUCAUAGGUAGAAUUCGUAACACCUUGGAGGAAAGAAUACGUAUUCUUCCUCCAAGGUAACACAGAAUAUUUUAAUAAUUACAAUUUGUAAAUAUGAAUAUGAAUGAUUUAAUUGUAUAGUGUUUAUUGUUAAUAUUAUUUUAUUUAUUUAUUUCCGGUUAUAUUUGCUUACUGUAAUUGUAAAAUAUAUUUAUUGUUUAAAGUGUCAAUACGAGUUUGAUAUAAAAAGUUCAGAAUAUUUUUAUCGCAAAAUAUUUGUCGUCUUUGGUAUCGUUAUUUCUGCAAUUUAUUAAAAAUGUACGUUUCAAC